AGAAUCAGCCAAAUCCAGACUGAGGGAUUCAGGAGCUUAGCUUAGCUCAGGGACUCAACAUUGCUACAGGUCCUGGCUCUUAGCUUCGCAGACUGAUUCUUGACGGUUGAUCCCCAUCCGCAGUAAGCGGAACAGCCUGGUGCAAACCUGAGACUCUCCGUGUAUUGUGUUCGCUGGUCGACUUCCGGCUUGGCUGCCACCCAUGGCGUUCUCGCGAGGGCUUUUCCGCGCAGCAAGCGCCGCGAAGAGGGCGCAGAAGGAUGGGAGCUUUUCACGGCUGUUUAAUCAGGCGUUUCGGCCGUUGACCACGGAGCUGCACGCGAAGCUGCAGGAGGUUGUGCCGCAGCAGCAGGAGCGCAUCCGCCAGAUCAAGUCGCACUAUGGCAACCUGUCCAUGGGCAAGGUCACUGUCAACAUGGCGAUCGGAGGCAUGCGAGGAGUGAAGGGCCUGGUGUGGGAGACAUCUCAGCUCGACCCCGAGCAGGGCAUCAAGUUCCGCGGGUACAGCAUCCCCGAGUGCCAGCACCUGCUGCCCAAGGCGGUGAUCGACGGCGAGCCCAUGCCCGAGGGGCUGCUCUGGCUGCUGCUGACAGGAGAGGUGCCCACCAGGGAGCAGGCGGCCACAGUGACGCAUGAGCUGCACGAGCGAGCCAAGAUGCCCGAGUACGUGCACACCGUGCUCAACGCCCUGCCGCGCGACAUGCACCCCAUGACGCAGCUGUCCAUCGGCGUCAUGGCCCUGCAGAAGGGCAGCCGUUUCGCACGCGCUUACCACGAGGGCAUGCCCAAAGCCAAGUACUGGCACCUGGCGUAUGAAGACGCGCUCGACUUGAUUGCCACUCUGCCUCAGGUGGCGGCGCACAUCUACCGGCACACGUUCAAGGAUGGCAAGAUCAUCCCGCCUAACGACAAGCUCGACUACGCUGCCAACUUCGCCCACAUGCUGGGCUUCAACGACCCCCAGUUCUACGACCUCAUGCGCCUCUACCUCACCAUCCACGCGGAUCACGAGGGAGGGAACGUCAGUGCACACGCCACCCAUCUGGUGGGCAGUGCUCUGUCCGACCCCUACCUCUCCUUCGCGGCUGGCCUCAACGGCCUCGCGGGUCCUCUCCACGGCCUUGCCAACCAGGAAGUGUUGCGCUGGCUGGAGGAAGUGAAGGCGGACGUGGGCGAGGAGGCGGGCAAGGACGAGCUGAGGGACUUCGUGUGGCGCACGCUGCAGAGCGGCAAGGUGGUGCCGGGCUACGGCCAUGCGGUGCUGCGAGUCACCGACCCGCGCUACAGCUGCCAGCGCCAGUUCGCCCUAAAGCACCUGCCACACGACCCCACGUUCAAACUGGUCUCGAAUCUCUAUGAGGUUGUUCCUCACAUCCUGCUCGAGACGGGCAAGGUGAAGAACCCCUGGCCCAACGUAGACGCUCACAGUGGCGUGCUGCUGCAGCACUACGGGCUCACCGAGGCCAGCUACUACACGGUGCUCUUUGGCGUCUCUCGAGCCAUGGGAGUGCUCUCUCAGCUGGUGUGGGAUCGCGCGCUGGGCUUCCCCAUCGAGCGGCCCAAGAGCAUCACGCUAGACUGGAUCGAGGAGUUUGCGUCGGACAAGGCGCACGAGAAGGAGCAGCAAGAGCUGCACGACCACAAGCACGGGCAUGACCACAAGCAUGCACACUAGAACGAGACUACGGCAUGCGUUAUGUUCUUGAGAAUUCUCAGAAGCAGCGGCGGCUGCAACGGCAACGGCACAGGCAUCGUCGCCAUCGCCUUCACCUCCCAUCCCCCCUUCACCUCCCAUCCCCCCUUCACCUCCCAUCCCCCCUUCACCUCCCACAACUCUCCCAACUGCUGGUCGCACCACACCAUACCCACCCUCCACUCCACAGUCCUGCCUCCACUCGGCCCACCCCGCCUCGCCUCUACACUCCCUACGAGUUGAGUUGGCUUUUGAGAGUUCUCAAGAACCACCACGCUUCUCCUCCACUCCCGUGCCCUGCCAACCAUCCGCCUCUCAUCCGCACACUCGCGUACCAUGCCAUGACAUGCCAUGCCAGCUGUCGUUGCAUUCUGCUCUGCUUUUCCACUGCCUACGCCCCGGACAUAGUCACCCGAGAGACCCAUUCGCCGUAGUCACGCAGGCCAUGGGGUGGGGAUGCACUGUUAUUGUCACAUUCUACAUUCUUCUUCCCUGGGUUCAUUCCCUGCUUUCCAACUCUAGCUAGCACAGCUCGAUCUAGCUUCCAAUCCUGCUAUUUGUAGGAGCUCUGAGCGAGCAGCAUUGCCCUGAACACGUAGUAUAAAACUGGCAAUAGAUGAUACUUGAUGAACUGCACGCUAGCUCGAACUCGCGCUACUUUUAUGUACAUAAAGGACAAGCACAAAU